CCAAAAUGGUGCCUCUCCUCCCUGCUAGAGAAGAAGGGGUGAACGAUGAUCUACAUCAGGAACAAGUGGGGAAGAAAGAUUGGCAUCAGGAUCUGUUGCCCCUGGGGAUCCUGCUACCCGAGGCAGUGGCCUCACUUGGCCUCAUGUGUGGGCCAAUCCCGGUUUAUUCAUAAGCGUUUGCUCCCAUGUUUCUGUCAACCAAGAAGUUCCUGCUGUUCUCCUUCCUGGUCCUUACCCUCUUGGGGACAUUGUGUAAUGCCCAGUGCUCAAUAAAACCAGCUGACGAAAAGGGAUGUUUUAAGCAUGGGAGGUGGCACCGUGUGAAUGCUGUGUGGAAAACUAACAACUGCCAAAGAUGUGAAUGCAAACCAAAAGAAAUGAUAUGCUGCAGCUUAGUUUUCAGACCUAUCAACUAUGACAGGAAGAACUGUGUCGCCAUGUUCCACAAGCGAAGCUGCUCUAUCCGUGUGGUGAACAAGAUUGAUCCUGCGAAACGUUGCGAGGUUUUUGCUGGCGUUGGUUAACACCUGUCUGUGGGUUUCUAUUCUGGCCCAGGUCUUUUAGGAAGGCAAGGGGCAAUAGGCCAAGGAAUGUAAUUCUUCACAUUUAUUUUAGGGGACCACAAAUGUACUAAUUUCACCCUUCCCUGGUUAUUAUCUUCUCAAAUACUCCACCUCUAUUACUAAGCAGCUUCUGAUUUUGUAGGAUGAGUUCAUGCAUUGGGUUUUUUUAAUCAAAAAAGAAUCGCAGCGAUCACUUGAUUACUCAAAUGCACCAAAAAGCUAUCGUAGAUCACCAUGCAAUGAUUUAAUUUGAUUUCCCGUUUGUUCAUUAUCUAGUACUUGAAACAAAAAUUCCCCUGUAAGAAUGAGCUACAGAAAACAUUCUCUAACUACUCUAGGAUGAAAUAUUGGAAAGCAAACUAUAAUUAUUCAACACAGCAGCAAUCAGGUGUCAAGUCAAAUAUCAAAAAGAAAGUACGGUAUAUCUUUCAAUACUUGCAUCAAUAUUAAACCUCAAAUAUCUGAAAGACUGUCUUUAUCUCUUCAGACCACCUUCCAUAUUAAGAUCAGCUGAAAGGGAUCUUUUGGUAGUUCCUUCCAGUAUGGUGAUCUGGGAGAGAGAUUUGUCUGUGGCGAGGGAUGUAUGAAUAUGCCUGAAUCCAUUCCAAUAUUCAUUUGAACUAACAUUUGGUAUUUUCUAUUCCACUCCAACUGGUUUAUUUUGCACACGUCUGUGUUCUGUGUUUUAGUUAGCAUACAUUUGAAUUACAUAUCCCAACCAUCAACACAUAUUUACAAAUCUAGUACUUUCCCUGUGUGUUCCAGAGGGGCAGCCCCAUUGGCUUUUGCAGCAAAAAUAAAGAGCUUUAAAGACAAAAUUAACUAAGGGACCAACGGCCCACCAUGGCUGCAAACCUAACAAGGGGCAGGUCCACACCAUACACAUAAAACACACAUUUAAAGCACAUGAUUUCCCUCAGAAAAUCCCAGGAACUUCAAAUGAUAUGAAACCUUUUGUGCAAAAUUGUUAAGAGAACCAAGUAGCCCAUUUUUAGCCUGUGGAAAGCAUUAAAAUGCUCUUGUUAAUGGCAGGUGCAAGAAGGGGUUUUCCAUGUUGACCCCUGCAACAAGCCCCCCCCCCCCGGCAUGAUCUCCUAGCUGAGGGCCUUCUAAAGCUUCCUUCACUGUGAGAAUCACCGAAUCACAGAAUUGUAGAGUUGGAAUGGAAGAUCAUCUAGUUCACACAAACAGAUUGUCUGAAAACCUAUGUUAUAUUGGUCUGUGUUUGCCUGAGCUUGAGUCUGGAUUAAGGAUUCUGAGCCCCUGUGUUCUGAUUCGAUACAUGAUAUCCAAUCACAGAACAUUUCAGGAUUUGGGCCUCAGACACUGGCCCAUAAACUCUGAGUCGUGAUUCGCAGCUUGGAAGUUUAGACAGCCAAUCACGUUGGGAGUGGGGGUGGCCCAGGCCUUCAGAAAUGUUAUAUAAGCAGUUGCUUUGCCCCUGUUUUCCAGUUCUGCUAGUUCAAUAAAGGUUCUUGCUGUUGUUGCUGUGUCUUGCCUCGUGGGAACCCAC